CGAUCCUCUAGCAUAAGAACAUUGCUUUUGCAGGGUGAAGUAACAGGGAGCCAAUCAUUAGCCUGUAUUUUACUUUCUGACUGCUGAAAACACCAUUUCUUUAAAUAUCUGAAUAUUUGACUGUAUGGUCAACUCUACAACCAGAGACUCCAGCUCAUGAAGGAUGCAAAGAUGGCGGUUAAGUACCAAGCCUCUACUGUGACAAACUUUGAAUGUGACAACAGCAAAAUUGACUACAAGCAACCUUUUUUGGAUGGCAGCAAGCUUCGUAAUUCAGUUCAUGCAUUGAGAAACAACCCUAUACGAGUUGCGACACUGUGCCUCGCCCUGCUGUGUGCUCUCCUGUUGGCUGGAAUCAUAGGUCAGAGUGUUCACUAUCAAAAAGUAGAACAAGAUCAACAGAACAAGCUAACAACCAUGAGUAAAGCCAAAGAGGAUCUACAGGACCAACUGAAGGUCGAGCAAAGACAGAAAAGGGAUCUUGAGACCAUUCGAAAUGAUUUGGAGAUGACGAACAAUUACUUCUUAAGAAGGAAAGACCAGCUGCAGACCAAUAACAAUUUACUGACUGAAGAAAAAAAACAACUUCAACUUAGUCAAAGUCAGUUACAGGCCAGUCAUGAUGGUUUUAAAAAAGAGGUGGAACAGCUAAAAGCCAGUAUAGACCAGUUGCAGACUACCAAAAAUGCCUUGUUUAAAGACAAAGACUUGUUACAAAUGCAAUUUGAUCUCGUCCUCAAACGCAAAAAUGAGCUACAUGUGAGUUAUGACUCGGUGACUAAAGAAAGGGACAAUUUGCAGGAUGUAUUCCAUAAUGUAAGCAGAACAAAAGGUGAGCUUCGAACGAGCUACAUGAAACUCAUUGAAGAAGUAGAACAUUUGCAAGAAAGACACAAUUUCACUGCCUAUGAAAAAGACGAGGCAGCGAGCAGUCACCAAAACCUGCUGGAUGAAGUCCUCAAGCUGAAGGAAGAAUGCGACACUCUUAAAAUACAAGAAGAUCUUUUGACACAAAAAUUUGGGAAAGCGAUGUCAAACUACACUGAGUUUGAAUGUAAUAAUCAAACUAAAGAAAGAGAGAGAUUGCAGAAAAUGAAUGAAGACCUGACCGAAGAAAGAUCCCUGCUGCAAAUUGGGGUGGACAGUCUGAACGCAACCCUUGACAAAACGGCAUGCAAAAUGGGCUGGAGGAAAUUUGAGUCCAGCUGCUUCUUCACUUCUGUUGUCAAGAAAACAUGGACUCUAGCCAGAGAAUACUGCCAAAACAAGGGAGCAGAACUGGCAAUCAUCACAAGCCAAGAAGAAAUGAGAUUCGUCAAUGGUUUGUAUGGAAGUAACCAAGAACUUUGGAUUGGCCUGACCGAUCAAGGAGUUGAGGGGAAGUGGGAAUGGGUGGAUGGCACACCAAUGACUACAACGUUCUGGGGUAAUGGUCAGCCUAAUAGCCAUAGCGGGAGGAACCAGGACUGUGUUGAAUUCUGGCACCAAGCAUCAGGAAAGGGGAAAUGGAAUGAUGAGAACUGUAAGAUAGUACAAUAUUUUAUCUGUGAAAUUUAAUGUUAACGUUAGGAGAAAUCAUGUGAUCGUUUGCACAGAAUGAAACACAACAUUCAUAGAGUGGUGUGCAAUGAGUAAUGUACUAUUGAGUUAGCAGAUGGCCUGUGUGGAGCUGGCGUUGAUACAGAUGGAUGUAGGUUGUUUAGAGCAAACUGCUUGGUUAAUAGGGGACUGAGAGUCCAAUUGAAGUGUGUGAUUACUGUAUGAAUUAAUCAUAUUUCUACAUAACUAAUAAAGGAUGACAUUUGUUUGUGCUUUACCCACAUGUGGAGGAUGGAGUUUCCACAUGUUUUAAAGUUUAAUCACCAGAAUAAAGGCAGGGUUGGUCAUUUUCUCCAGAUACACUUUUUAAGAUUUAGGUUGAAAUUGUCUUUAGGUCCUGACAGAAAUUAAUAACUCAUGUGCUCUGAAAAAGGAAUGAAGAUAAUCUGUCAUCUGUAGCAGUUUUAAGCCUGUAAAGACCUCGACCAAUGUCUGCCACGAGGUACCAAUUUAAUGAACCAAUCAUGCUU